AUGCCUGAACCUGCUGAGACGAAGAUUGGAUGUAAAGCAAUAAUGAGAAUAAAGAAAGAUGGUGAAAAGUGGAUAGUCAACAAGUUUGUGGUUGGACAUAAUCAUAUUUUGCUUACACCGAGAAGUACUAGUUUCCUUCGUGGACAUAGGGGAGUUAGUAAAGUACAAAAGAAACUUAUUAUGACCUUGAAUGAGUCUGGUGUACCUACAAGGAAGAUAAUGUCGGUAUUGAGUAAAGAUUCAGGUGGUGACUUUAGUGUCGGUUGUAUUGGGAAGGAUGUAGAAAAUUACUUGGGAAGCCAAAGAAGAAAAAUAUUUGAAGAGGGUGAUGCACAAAUGCUAUAUUCCUACUUUCUUGAUCGACAAAACAAAGAACCUGGGUUUGUGUUCUCCAUGCAAGUUGAUAACGAUGGGUGUAUGGGAAGUUAUUUUUGGGCUGAUGCGAGAUCAAGAGCUGUAUACCAAUAUUUUUGGGAUGUUGUUACAUUUGAUGCCACUUACUUGAUCAAUAUUUAUAAGAUGCCAUUUGUACCAUUUUCUAGAGUUAAUCAUCAUCAUCAGACUAUAAUGUUUGGGUGUGCCUUAUUAGUUAAUGAAACGGCGGAAUCAUAUAUAUGGUUAUUAAGAACAUGGCAAGAGGCAAUGCUUUGGCGUGCCCCUUCAACUAUAAUUACAGGUGAUGACAAGGCAAUGGCUAAGGCAAUUGUUGAGGUACUCCCGAAUACAACUCAUAGGUUGUGUUUGUGGCACAUUUUACAAAAAUUUCCAGAACACUUAGCCUAUGUAUAUAACAAAUUUCCAGACUUUCAAAAAGAUUUUCGUCAUUGCAUCCAUGAAACAAUUACUACUGAUGAGUUCGAGCAAGAAUGGAAUUUGAUUGUGGUGAAGUAUGACCUAGGAGAAAAUACUUGGUUGCAAAAUCUUUACAGCCGACGGGAUAAGUGGGUACCCGCCUACUUGCGUUCAACAUUCUAUGCCGGUAUGUCAACAACUCAGAGGAGUGAAAGCAUGAACAAAUUUUUCAAAGAUUAUGUUCGUUCAAGCAUUAUGGUUAGUGACUUUGUGCAUCAAUACGAAAAAGCUAUAGAUGCACGUUACUUUAAAGAAAAAGAGAAGGAUGUCCGGAAAAAAUCUACCCGAGCGAUAAUGAAGACACCUUUUAAAAUUAAAGAGGAGGCAUCAUUGGUUUAUACAAGAAAAUCUUUCAUGAUCUUCCAAGAUGAGUUGUUUAAUAGUCUACGGUACCAAGCAAGAAGAUUGUCUCUAACUGGUGAGGCGAAAACAUAUGGAGUGACAGUUCAUGCGAAGUUAAAUAGAUUGCCAGAGCAUUAUGUUCUAGACAGAUGGACUAUUAAUGCUAAGAGUCGACCCAUUCUCCACAUUCCGUGUUGUGAUGCACAAGUGAGCGUGGAAGUAGAUGAGCCUACGAUGAGAAGAAGCAAGUCAAUGAUACAACUUUAUGACAUUGUAGAACUUGCAUCCCAAUCAGCAGAAAAACACAAUCAUUUCACACUUGCAUUGGAGAAGGUUCACAAAGAGAUGCUUGCAAUGGACGAGCAUGUAGAAUGUUCACAAGCAGUGCCGGCCAAUGAUGAUCAAAUAGACACAAAUGUCAAACUUACUCUUUAUUUGAUGCAGCAGGAUGCGGAAACUAAAGGUUUUGAGUCAUACGAGGAGCAGCUGAGGAAGGUAUUCGAGUCAUAUGAAGGAAGCUAUGCCAUGGUGUUUGAUGUAGCUCUAUUGAUUUUUCCCUUGGUGACAAAUAGAGACACAUUAUUUGUUAUCAUGGCAGCACUUCACUGCCAUUUAUCUUUGUUAUCAUGGCAACACUUCACUGAUAUUUGGUGGCAGUUUAUAUUGUUUAUAGAUAUUUGGUGGCACUUCAUUUCCAUGUGA